AUGCGAGAUCCUGAAGAAAUAGAGCAAAUUCUGUCAGAAACUGCUGAAGGCGACAAACCGGAGAAAUUUGAGAAAUUGGGCCUCAAACUUGUGGAUCCAUUCUGGAGAGAGUUGCCUCACUGCAACAUAUUUGCCUGCAUUACACCAGACAUUCUCCACCAGCUACACAAGGGCGUCUUCAAGGAUCAUCUCGUGAACUGGGCUACCAUGUGCAUAAAUGACAUGCAGAAAGACAUCAAGAAUAAGGACCAGGAAGAGGAGAUUGAUCGUCGCUUCAAGGCCAUGACAACUCACCCAGAUUUGUGUCACUUCAAAAAGGGAAUUUCCUUGAUCUCACAGUGGACAGGUGCAGAAUACAAGAAUAUGGAGAAGGUUUUCCUUGGUGUCAUUAUGGGAAGUGUCGACUCUGCCGUUCUUCAUGCCGUUCGUGCCGUCCUCGAUUUCAUUUAUUACGCUCAUUUCGAGGUGCACACCGAAGAUUCCAUUACAAAGCUCGAAACUGCCUGGAAGGCCUUCCAUGUGAACAAGCAUGUUUUUGUUGACAAGGACAUUAGACAAGACUUCAACAUCCCAAAGGCACAUUCAGCGGAACACUAUGGAUGGUCCAUUCGCAGUCUCGGAACAGUUGAUGGUUUCAAUACAGAAAACUCAGAACGUCUCCACAUCGACUUUGCAAAGCGAGCAUACCGUGCAACAAAUAAGAAGGCAUAUCUCCAGCAGAUGACCACCUGGCUCACAUGCCAAGAGGCUGUCCACAAGUUUGAUGCCUAUUUGCAGUGGGCUGAACUGCCACGACUUAAACCUCAGAACCAAAAUUCCCAGAACUCGCCUUCCAUCUUUGUCAGUUAUGAAAGAUAA